CGCUCUUUGUAGAAGCUGUCGCCAGAGUCUCGACCGAGGGCGUUGACAGGGGCUGUCACCCACUCAUGAGGGGUGACUCCCACCGCGGAACGGGCUGGGUCUGAGCACCCCGCGAGCACACAAAGCCCUUUAUUGGCGGCAAAGUGAACAAAGCAUUGGAGACGGGUACAUCAGGCUCCUACGUAAGGAAAAGAUUGUGAUCAUCCACCAUGGCGUACGGCUUGCCAAGAAGGAACACAGUGCAAACCAUUUUGAAGGGCAGCUGUUAUAAAGUACAGGAACCAUGGGACCUUGCAGAGCUCACAAAGACCUGGUACUCAAACUUAGUGAACAUCAAGUUGCCAUUCUUGGGAGAAAUUGCAUUUGGCAGCCCUGUAAAGCUCGCCACAGUAUACCGAACCAACAAAGAUGGCAUGUUCCCUUCAGCACAAGCCGCGAAACUCGAAAAGGAAUAUGAAGCGACGCGCCUAGCAAAGAUGAAAUGUCAGGAGAAUGCUCAUGAGGAAGUCCAGGCUUCACUACGGCAAAAGAAAGUCGGCUUGAGAAGACCGCUUCAACCCAAGUGACCCACUGUGGUGCUGAACGUGAACCUGUUUCCGGCAUCUGCAGGGAUGAAGGUCUCUGGUCCUGUCACUGUGUCAAGUAGACACAGCAGGGCCUGUGAGUGACGGGGCCAGUGUUUCUAGACAUGGCCCGGUGGACACUCUGGCAGAACGCCCGGGUUCCUGCUGCACUUGUUCUGUGUGUCGCAUACAGCAGCCCUCCCUGUAAGUAGAUGAAAACGCACCUGGAGUUGUCAUGUUGUGUCACUUAUUUCGUGCUUAUAGGACGUGUGGGGGAAGAGGACAGUCCUUGUGAGAGGCAGCAUUCUGAAGAAACACUUGGAUGUGAGUCUUUGAGAUCCCAAAGGAGCUCUCAGAAAGACAGUGAGAGAGAAGUUCUCUUAAAACAUGAGAAACCGCUGGGCGGUGGUGGCGCACGCCUUUAAUCCCAGCACUCAGGAGGCAGAGGCAGGCGGAUCUCUGUGAGUUCGAGGCCAGCCUGUUCUACAGAGCGAGAUCCAGGAAAGGCACAAAGCUACACAGAGAAACCCUGUCUCGAAAAACCAAAAAAAAAAAAAAAACAAAACAAAACAAAACAUGAGAAACCGCACAUUUUCAUCUGGUUAAGAAAACGAUAGAUUUCGUUUCAAUGACUCUACACUUACCAAUUUUCGGUAAAGUAUCACUUAUUAUUAUUCUCAUGUGGCACUUUAUUAUUAUUUUUUAACUUUUUAUCGUGUGGUACCUUAAAGUAAGACUUACUCUGUUUUUGUUCUCCUGAAAAAAUUGUCAAGUCAUUUUCCUCCUGGCUAAUAUUCUUUCUACAGUGGACCUGGAGCGGGUGUGGCCCAGGUGCCUGAAAGGGACCUGAAGGGACAAAGAUGGCCUCAUUGUGAGGAAAACCCAUUUGCAGAGUGGCUGGGGAAAUGAGGCAUUGACAGGAAAGAACUGAAUUUGUAUGAACCAAGUUUUCUAGAAUUUGCGUACAAUAAAGCAUAUUUGGAUACCAA